AUGGACCGUUUCGGCCACAACAAAACCGCCAUUGUCCUCGUGGCGAGCGCCGCCCACGUGUCGUUGGACCCGGCCUGUGACGAGAGCACAAUGUUCGGGUUUCGUGUGCAGCAGCUCACAUCUACCAAGAUUGUUCAUCUCGCGGGUGUCGUUUCCACAUACAACCUUCCGUGGUUCAACGGGGUGGUCGAGAUUCUGCAACAGAUGAUAACCAAGUUCACCAAGGGCGGCUCCGGCUUCAUGCAAGCCCCCGACUACGCGGCGUGCGACACUCGCAUUCUCGCUAUCAUCGGCCGCGGCGCGGCCGUCGCAGACAACUCAGCGGAGGACCUCACCGUGCCUCUGAUUAUGCCACCUGGGCCUAGACUGCACGACCCUCGUAGUCGCCGUAGAGUGGUGAGAGCCGUUACGCAGACGUACAUACGUACCGCGGCUGAAAUGGGCAUUCCUCCUCGUGACUUUCCAGAGCGCACUGGACUGUCCAACGACGACGUCAUCAACCGUCCCCGUCGCACGCCUAUUAAGCGGGCUCGUCUGGGCAGUAAGCGCCCGGCCAUGGCUGGUUGCAGCGGCAGCGACGGCUUAGACGGAGAUAUGCAGCGCGGGGGACAGGCAGCGGGAGCGAGAUGCAGCCUCGAGACGCAGGGGGGAAGCGACGUGCACACACAGGGACACGUCUCCAACACGGUCAAGCCGAACACCCCAGACGCCACGCCCGUUAAGGGUCGUCGUGCAGGUCGUCGCAUGCAGAAGACCAGUGCCACCCUGGUGAAGGCCAGCGGCGCGGGGGGUGUGGGGAAACGGGGAGGUACGAACGAGUACACCGGGGUGUGGUUUGAUCUCCGCGUGCGAAAGUGGUGUGUCAAAAUAGUUGCGGAGCCUUCGACUGGGAAGCAGGUCCGCCUUGGCGCGUACAUGGAUGAGAAGGACGCGGCUUACGCGUACGCGGCUGGAGCGUUUGUGAUCAGGAGGAAGGACCACUUCCCCAAGGUGAUGGCGUUGACAGACACGGAGAUGGCUGCAUUGGAGGGAGCAAUAGUGGAUGACGUGAGGCAUCUUGUACAGAAGCGCCAGUGGUACAGGUGGAGGGAGUGGCGUAAAGCCAUGAACGACAUUGGUGUUUUGCCAGGAACGCCCUUCAAGCCGGAGCCAGGUGCGGAGUCACUUCCACCUAAAGCAGAGGUAGCUGAUAGCGAGACACGGGAUGCUGAAGCAGAUGAGGAUCUUGUCAGCGAGGAGGACAAUAGGGAACAAGACAGUGAUGGGGGUAUUGAGUGCACGCAGGCCCAGUGA